AUGAAUAUUGUUUCGAAAAAGUCUUUGAUACAUAGAACGGCAUCAUGUGCAACCGUUUCCUCUCCUCGUCGGACACAACCUCGGUCCAGCUUUUCGACACCGCUGGCCAAGCGGUCCUUUGCGUCUUCUUCAAGAGUAAAUGGCUGGGCACCCGCUCGAACAUUGGACAGGCACCAUCCUCCCGCACCGACGGACAAUAAAAAGGUUGUCGAGCAUUUGCGCGCAACCUUUCCUCCUCUCGAGUUUCCAGAGGAUGUCGCGCUACGGAUAAUCACUCAUUCAAGCUGGAAAGGUGGUGCUGAAGGUCACAAUGCACGUCUUGCAUUUAUAGGGAGAAGAGUCAUGGAAUGUUAUCUUAACCUAUUUUUACAUUCUCAGACCGAUUCUGGGCUUGCUAAACCUCAUUUAUUCAACCGGAUUGGCUACGACGAGCUCGCGAAGAAAAUACUAGAUACGCACGUCCUCGGAGAGUUUGUUGGCUCGGCCUGGCAGCUGGAACGUAUCAUGCGAUGGGUUCCAUCACACACGAACGAUCCAUCUAGAACGAUGUGGAGCUCGGGUUUGUACAGAGUACGUGGGACAACUGUUGAAGCUCUUCUCGGUGGAGUGUUCCAUCAUUUUGGCGGAGUCGUCGCGCACCGAUUGUUCCAUACACGGAUUCUUCCUCACCUUGCCGCGGCAAAAAUGCUUCCCAUCCCAGAUUCCAUACGAGCAGGCAUGCAAGACGCAUCGAAGAUGUAUGGGGGUGCGGAUGCUUCUCUCACGUCGGACCGAAUAUCUUGA